GCCCCUGGAAGGUACCAGUCGCAGCGUGGCGGUGUGUACGGCGUGUGAUAGCUCUGUUUCUCUCUUAGGUUUCUCUCAGAGCUCUCGGUCAACACUCUCACCCUCAGUGACAUAGGCUGCUGCUCAUUUGAUCUGAGCUAUUGGUGUUGAAGCUUGAUAUACAGUGUGUGUUCAUUUAUGUGCUGUUGAACGUGAAAGGUGAAAGUGAACUCCAUAUAUACGUAAAUAUUUACAAUUUAAAAGGAAAAGUAAAACUGGUAUUACUUUUUGUUCGUGCUAUUUCUGUCUAAGUGACAAACUCAUUACAGCGCGCCAGAGAGAGCAGUUGUCUGGCACCAACUGAGUAAUGACUCGCCACGGGAGAAGUCAGAAAGGGGAAGACUUAUCCUACAGGAGCUCGUGUAGUGUGCAGUCACAAAUGGCGCCAGCACCUCCUUCACUCUCCAGACCUGCUGCUUCCCAGUGGUGGCUCCUCAGGGGCACGCAGUCCUUCCUUUUUGUGAUUUUCUUGGCUUCCUGUCCCAGCUCGACCUCCUCGGCCUCAACUCGGCGGAUUAAUUCUCGGUUCCUUGAUCUAGGGAACAAUGAAAACUUUUCUAACUACACUCGCGUGUACCGGGCUCUGGACGAGGGCAUGAGGGACUCCAGGCGGCUCAACGCAGCCUUCAGAAGCGUUGAUAUGGGUCGAGCACUCAACGUGUUCGACGUGGCUCGGGCCAUCGUCCCAGCUAUACCACAGAACUGUUGGUACAAAAGCAACCAGUAUGACUGCGGCCUCUCCGUCUCCUGCGUAUUCCAGGGUUCGAAGCCCAUGGACCUGUGCUCCGGGGGAAUGAUCUGGACGUGUUGUGUCCCCCGGAACAAGAUUGAUUCUGUGGACGAGAACCUGGGAGCCAUCGGUAACGACGUCGGUCACCACCAGUUCUUCGGUGAUGUCAGCAGCCGCCCCAGCUCCUUCAACCACCACCACCAAAGCAGCAGACCUUUUGACCUCCCUAGACCCCCACAGUUUGAUUCUGACUUUGAUCAUGACGACGAUAACUUUUUUCCUCACACACACAGACCUUCCUCGAUCCUCAGACCACACAGACCUCACGGUAGACCCCAGAGGCCGCCUCACAGACCACAACCACCUUUCCGUCGACCAGAGAGCACGAGACCUGACCACAACUUUGACGAUGAAUUCAAUACUUUCAACAAAAGGCCUCACAAUACGUUUAAUAACCGCCCUAAUAACUUUGACUCGUUCGACAAUCGACCUCACGACUUUGCUCGGCCAGGAUCUAGUGGCCCUCGUCCGCCGUUUUUAUCGACGGGAUCUUCCGAGUCGGCUGUUAUUCCACCGGGGUGCGGGGAAACUUACGCCAGGACUAACAGGAUCGUCGGAGGAAGCGACACGGCAUUCGGAACUCACCCAUGGCAGGUGGCCAUCAUCAAAGAAUCAUUCCUCAGUAAGCGUAUAGCCUGUGGCGGAGCUCUUGUCAACGAGCACUGGGUCAUCACCGCUGCCCACUGCGUCGCCACAACGCCAAUCAGCAGCAUGAAGGUGCGCCUUGGAGAGUGGAACGUACACAAGCAGAAUGAAAGACUACCGCACGAGGACUUCGAGGUGGCGAGGAAAGAGGUCCAUCCGAAUUACCAGGCGGCCGACUUCCGGAACGACGUGGCUCUGGUGAAGGUGAAGAGGACGGUCAAAUUCAAGGAGCACAUCAUCCCAGUGUGUCUACCCCAGCAGGGAGAAAGCUUCGUCGGGGACUAUGGCACCGUCACGGGCUGGGGACGUCUCAACCACGGUAUAUCACAGACCCCGGAGGUACUGCAGGAGGUUGAGGUAGAGGUCCUGAGAAACGACGUGUGUCAGUCGUGGUUCAAGGCGGCAGGACGACGGGAGACGAUUCACGAUGUAUUCCUCUGCGCUGGCUACGAGAACGGUGGGAAGGACAGCUGUCAGGGUGACUCUGGAGGACCGCUGACUGUCAUUAAAGACGGCAAGGCCAAUUUGGCUGGACUUGUGUCAUGGGGCAUCGCGUGUGGACGAACCAACCUGCCCGGGGUGUACACAAACGUGACUAUGUACCUGGACUGGUUACAAGAGAAGAUGAAAGUCUAGGAAUACUGAACUUCACACGACUGAUCUCAGACAUACGUGCUUUCAGACAACUAUGUGUCGGCUUUGACGUCUGUACUUUUGACAUCUGAGCUUUUACACACAUAUGCAUAUACGUAUGAGCUAAAACGUCCAUUAUCUUGAACAUAUAUCUGUAUGUUUGCUACUGCAUACUGUAUAUAGGCUUAGACAUCUAUAAGUUUCAGACAUUUGUGUUUUAACGCAUGUGCACAUAUUCAUGUUUAUGUUUUGCAUGUGUGUGUGCCUUUACAUGUAUGAUCUUAAUACAAAUAUGCAUAUGUGUCUCGACUUGUGUUUGCUUAGAUCUUCGAAUUAUGACAUUACAUGUACUUCAGACAUCUGUAUACUGACCACACACUACGAGUAGAUGUUCCUCUUGAGAGCCUCACUGUAAUCAGGAGGACCAAGUCUGGGGUGAAAAUUUUCAGCACUCUGUAAAAUAUUACUUGGUCUACUUUACACUUCUGUCAGUCCUUCAGGAGUCUGGUUAAGAGAGAAACUUUACUUAUACAGGACAAGGUAUUCGGAAUGUAUCUCAAAAAAUUUACUGAAUUGGUCCUUAGCAAAAUGUCUGGUGCUGCUGGUGUUUGAGAGUUAAAGUAUUCAUGUCACAGCUGAGAUCUUCUCGCUCAAGGUACAACAAAAUAUCAACAGAAUAUUGUUAUUCAGUUUUGGUAAGAGAGAUGUGGUUUAUUUACACAGCCUUGGUAAAUAAGUUAAUACGUUUUCUAUGAUAAAUUCUGUUGUUGUUUUUUCUGUACUGGAGAUAUAAAAAUAUUAAACAUAUUAACAUCAUCAUAUUAAAGCAUAAAAAGAAAACAACUGAAAACUCCUUACGAAUGCUUUGGAGUUUUUUAAAGUUUAAUAAUGACUGUUUCCUCACUUGAAAAAAAAUGUACUGCAGGAUCAAGUUGCUGUAUUAAGUUUUGAUCUAUUCGUAAUAAGUGAAGGAAGUCUUUUGUUUAACCAAACUCUUGAAGGUAGACGUAGACUGGACCAAAAGCGUGCUGGCAGAUGGACCAUCAGACUUAAAGAUGUUUAUUUCCCGAGCCUUAUGUAAGUCUCCUAUUGCCAUUAAAAUGUGCUUUGAGGUCCAUGUGUUGACGUGUGUGUAUGUUUUAACUUAUGCAAAGAUAUGUGUGAUUUCAUAUGUAUGUGCUAAGACAUAAUUAUGUGUGCUUACAAGCAAGUGCUCAAGACAUCUGUGUGCUUUGACCUAUGUUUCUUGGGCAUGGUUGUGCUUACCCGGUAGCCAUGUGUGUGUUUCAGAAUAUUUGCCACGGCUUCUGUACUUAUACUUGGAUACUUAGACACAAGUUUUCUAUCACAUAUAGAUAUGUGUGUGUGAGUUUAGGAAUAUAUAUCCUUAGACGUGUGUGCUUAAACAUGUUUGUUGGGACAUAGGUACGAUAAGACUCGUUUACUUUAACAUAAGGGGGUCCCCCAAAUUCGCAGGGUUAGGUUCUCAAAAUGGCCGCGAAUCGCCAAUUCUGCGAAAAACAUUUGCGGACCCGGGGGAGAGGGAGAGGUACAUUUUUUUUUACUUAUGUACAAAGAAAUGUAUGCUGUCUUCCCUUUAUGUGUUUGC